AUGACAGACGUACAAAAGGAGAAGACACGGCAUGACCUGGACGACGCGAGGUUGGGGGAGUACCUUGAGAAAGAGAUGCCCGGUAUCAAAGUACCCGUCGUGUCCACCAAGAUUGGCUAUGGCCAAAGCAAUCCCACGUACUUUGUCGACGAUGCGGCCAAGACGCGCUACAUCUUGAGGAAGAAGCCCAGCGGGACUAUCAUCUCGCCCGUGGCCCACCAAGUGGACCGCGAAUACAAAGUGCUCCAAGCACUCGGUAGCGUCGAGGGGUUUCCAGUGCCCAGGGUGUACUGCCUGUGCAUGGAUGCCGGAAUUAUCGGCACCGCAUUCUAUGUCAUGGAAUUCGUCCAAGGCCGCAUCAUCACCGACCCAACGCUCUCGACGCUGCCCAUCCAAGACCGACGCGCCGCCUGGCUCUCGGCGCAGCAAGCCCAGGUCCGCGACGUCAAGACAGGCGCGCCACUCGGACGAGCUCACCCACACUACGACGACAUUGUCGACUACAUCCGGCGGCAUGCCCCGCGCGACCGCGCCAGCAUCAUCCAUGGCGACUACAAGUUGGACAACAUGAUCCUGCACCCUACCGAGCCGCGCGUCAUCGCCAUUCUAGACUGGGAGUUGAGCACCAUUGGGCAUCCGCUUGCUGACGUCGUGUAUGUCGUUGGUCCGUACUGGAAUCGCACGAGUCGGAUUGGCAUGGCGCCGGCGAAAGAGGGCGAGGGAAAUGUGUAUGAUGAGGAGAAUCUGCAGGGCAAUGGCUUGCCGAGGGUGGAUGAGCUGCUGGAUUUGUAUGCACAGAGGGCGCGGUGGGAUCCUAGGCUCGAUGGGUGGGAUGUUGCAAAGGGAAGCACAAUCAGCCACGGCAUUCAGGCGCGCACCAUCAGCGGGCAGGCCAGCAGCGAGUUCUCGCACUUGUACUUUGAAAACACCAAGCGCGGGCUCGACGAGGCGCUGCGCCUGGUGCGGGAGAUGCAGCAUCAAGAGAGGUUGAAGAGUAGCUUGUAG